CCCAGAGUAAAGUGCAUCCGCUGAAGCAAGAUAAGCUAGGAGCACCUACAGGCUUCGCGAACAACCCUGUGCCAAUGGAGCUCUAUCACAUGGAUGCAAGUCCACCGUGCCGGGCCGUGCGCAUGGUUGCUCGGCAUUUGAACCUCAGCUUGAAUCUGAUCCCUGUCAACUUCAUGGCUGGUGAGCACAUGACUCCCCAGUUUCGGAAGAUCAAUCCUCAGUCCGUGUUGCCGACGCUGGUCGACGAUGGCUUUGUCCUUUGGGAAAGCCGCGCAAUCCUGACGUACCUGGUGAACCGGUAUGUUCCUCAUAGUCCCUUAUACCCAACUGAUCCACGCUCUAGAGCUUCAGUGGAGCGUCUCCUUUACUUCGACAUGGGCACCCUCUUCGAUGCAUGCCACAAUAUACUGUAUCCUGUGAUCUUCGGUGGGCCACACCCGGACUCCGACCAGGAGAAGCCGCUGGUGCGAGCACUGGAUCUUCUCGGUGGAUUUCUCGGAGAGAACAAGUUUCUGUCUGGAGACGACGUCACCCUGGCCGACAUUUCCAUCCUCGCUUCGCUCACCGUCACUGAGUGCGCCGACUAUGACCUGGGUCGCUUUCCUGUCAUCCUGGACUACUACGAGCGACUCAAAUCUUCGUUGCCCUACUACAACGAAAUCAACGACCUUGGAAUUCAGCAAAUGCGAGGCAUUCGCAACCAAAACAAUUCAAAAUAGAGGCAACAAGAUAUUCACUGUUGCUUCUAUGAAAGAGUGACUCAGUAUUGAAGUGUCGUUUGUUGCUAGAGGAUAAUACUCGCUCUCGCAAAACUCCACGCUUUGCUUUUCUAUAUUUGCCGGCAGAAAGUUGAAGCGGUUUCUACAUGUCCUGUGGGACAAUGGCUUAUAUGCGCUUUAAAGACGACCGCACAUGUUGCAACUAUUUCAAAAGCGCUCUGGGCAUAUUCACCGACCACAGACACAUAGAUAAAUUUCAAGGCUAACAUUUACGCCCCUGCAUGUAUUCUACAUGAA